CGCAGCUAGACACUAGUCUGCUUUACUUGCCAUGAGUUUUCUACUUCGUGAACUUCCGUCUUUAGCCAAAGGAAGACUGAGCAAAAUAUUGGACUCAGCAGGUGACGGCCAGAACUGGAAGGCGCUAGCGACUGUGAUGGGCUACAGCACAGUGGAAAUCAAGCACUUUGAACUGCAGCUGUUAAGGGGACGAAGUCCAGCCACAGAAGUUCUAGACAACUUUGGUGUAAGGAACUACACCACAGACGUAGUUUGGCAACUUCUGGCUAACAUUGGGCAGCAAAGCGGCAUGCAGACGAUUAGAGAUUUCGUUUCACCACAUUUGAUUGCAAAUGGUGUAUGUAGAGAUUCAUCGUCUGAUUCAGGUGGUAUUUACAUUUGUCACUUUCAACUUAAGUUUACUUCAUUUUUUGAUGCAGUUGAGAAUGAUGGUCAUUUUGAGAUGCAUGGCACAAAUGGAUAUCCUACUCCUCCCUCAUCUGACUCUAGUUACAUGUCAAUAAAGGAAGAGGGUGACUCAGUGUCAGAGAGAAGCAGUGAUUUGUCUUCAACUGGUUUGGAGCCAGUCCAGCAUUGUGAGUCAACUUCGUAUUCAGAUUCUCCCCAUCAUCUGUGUCGACCUCCUUCACCUUUUAGCAGCUCACUGGUAAGAGAGUUUACUUAUGAAGAACUUGAAUGUGCAACUGACGGUUUCAAUGAAGAAUCGUCUCAGUUGGCAAGUGGCAGAAACUGUGUGAUGGUAGGAAGAGGAGGUUACGGGAAAGUUUUCAAAGGAGUUCAUAGAGGUCAUAGAAUACCUAUUGCAGUCAAAUGUCUAACAAAGACCAAUCCUUCUGAUGUUUAUUUUAAGAGUUUGGCCGAAGUCGACAUCCAAACGUUUGCUCAGGAGAUUGUGAAUUUGAGCAGAAUUCGUCAUCCUCAUAUUGUGACUCUACUUGGCUACUGUCGUCGAGGACCGUAUCCACUUAUUGUAUGGGAAUGGAUGGCUAACGGAUCACUAUCAGACUGUCUUGCAAUGAAAGCUAGACAAUCGACUGUAUCCUUGUCCUGCGUGAAACGAGUGAAGGUAGCACAUGACAUUGCGAAGGCUCUAUUGUAUCUGCACACAUUUCCUGAUAAUCCAAUGGUUCACCUGAAUGUUAAGAGUUCAAAUAUUCUUCUGGAUGAGAGCUACAAGGCAAAACUAGGAGAUUUUGGCAUUGCAAGAAUACCGGACGUGUCAGAAGCAAACAGCCGUACAUAUUUGAAUACAAAGUCGUUGUACAUGGCUGUGACUGGGAUAUAUUUACCACCCGAGUACAUCCGUGGGAAAUUGUCUCCUGCACUCGAUGUCUAUGCCUUUGGAGUGGUGCUAUUGGAAAUUAUGACUGGACAGCCAACCUACGACCCUAGGAGAGAGACACAUGACUUGACGUGUUACAUGAGUGACUUUCUUGAUGCUAUUGAUGGCGACCCAAAAUUGUUAUUGGCUUGUCGAGAUUCGAGGUGUGCCAAUUGGCCCGAUAACUCGUUUGUUGAGUUUGGCAAGCUAGCAAAUCGAUGUCUUGAUUCUCGUCUGAAGCGACCUUCCACUGAAAAUAUUGCCAGAGAAUUAGAGAUGUUGUUUGCUCUGAUACAGCCAUUGGAGGGAAUGGCGUGAUGCUGUGGUUGGAGUUCUAACUCGUUGGACCAUGGUGGUCUUUUCGUUUAUCUCAGUCUGAACUCUGAAGUUGUGUACAAAGCCUAUGGCUUGCAGAUAGUAGUUUGUUUGUCAGAACCAAAACAGGUGAUAUGAUAUUGUCUCA